AUGAGAAAUAAAUAUUUUCUAUUACAUAGUUAUAAUUAUUAUUUUAAUAAUAAUAACUUAAAAAAACCUCUUUUCCUUUUACAACAAGCCAAAUGUUUAAGAACCAAAAAAAAAAAAAACUGGGAAUUACCUGAACGUACAGGAAUAUUUUCCCAAGGAGAAAAAAAAAAAAAUGAACAAUUGGCUAGCCAAACAUAUGAAAAAUAUUCCUUUGAUAUGGAUAAUAAAGAAAUGAACAACCAAAAUAACAAAAACAACAUAAACAACAUAAACAAUAAUAAUAAUUGUUAUAAUCAUAAAACUAAUUAUAACAAUUUUAUUACAAACAAAGAAAUGAAACAAAAUUAUAAUCAUACAAGUAAUGAUAAAAAUACAUAUAAUGUUACAAAUAACAAUAAUCUGAAACAUAAAUAUGAAGAAAUGAAAAAAAAAUUAUAUAAAAAAUACAAUUAUCAUGAAAUUGAAAGUGAUCCACACAAUAUUUAUAAAUAUGAUGAUAAUUAUGAAAAUAUAAAUGAAUUAAAUAUUCAUAAAAUGUUAUUAUUGGGUUUACAAAAUAUACAUAUAAAUGAAUUAAAUAAAAUGCAAAUAAAUAGCUUUUUAACAAUUCAACAAGGAAAAGAUACCAUAAUAAAUUAUCCUGACGGGUCAGGUAAAACUAUUGCAUAUUUAUUACCUAUAUUAAAUAAUCUUUAUUUCUUACAUGAUUAUUUAGAACAAAUAAUAUUAGACAGUUACAAUGAAAAAGAAAGUGGUGCAUCUAAUAAAAAUCUUAUAGAAAAAAAUUACAAAUUUAAUAAUAAUUUUAAUCUAAAUAAUGAAAUAAAUAAUUAUUUAUUGAAAUAUAGUCAUUAUAAAAAUAAUGUAUUUUUUAAAGAUAAUACUUUAGAUAUAUCAAAUAAACUCAAAAAUAAAAAAUUUGAUUUAUUACCUUCGUCCUUUGAUGAAACAUAUAAAAAUAAAUAUAUACAACGAAUAGGAGGUAGGAAAAGUAAAUGCAGAAAAAAAAAUAAAUUAGAUCAUUUUAAUGGCACAUCUCUUACUAUGGAUAAUAAUAAAAACGAAUUGGUAAUAAAUAAUAUAAGUAUAAUGAAUAAAUUAAUUGAAAUAAUAAAAAUAAAUAAUAUAAAAUUGAGUAACUUGAAUAGUGAUUACACCAAUGAAGAGGAAUUAAAAAAAUUAGACAAUAUAAUAAAAUAUAACAUAAUAAAUGGAAGUAACAAUGUAUAUAAAAAUAAAAAUGAUGAAAAUAAAUGUGUAAAGGAUAAUUAUAAUGAGGAGUCUAUUUAUAGAUAUUUAACUUUAAACCCUUUACAAAUAAACAAAACCGUUGUUAUAUUAACUAUUAAUAAAGAUAACAUAAGUCAAAUUAUUAAUGUUAUAAAAAAGUUAGAUAUAUUAAAAAGAAUUAAUAUACAAACCUUAAAUGAUGUACCUUACAGUGAUCAUAGUAAUAAUAAUGACCAUAUGACAGAUGAACAAAUUGGUGAUGAUAUAUAUAAUAUGCAUAAUACACACACGCAAACACACAAAAGAGAUAAUAAAUAUAAAAGAGCAUCAAAUAAUAUUCAUGAUGAGAAUGUAGAUAACGAUUAUUAUGUAAAGAAUAAUAUAAAAGAAGAAAAUUAUAAUUUAGAAAAUUUAGAGGUAUCAAAAGUUACACAUAUAGAUAAUCCAGUAUUGUGUAACGAUGAAAUAAUGUGGACAUAUGCAGAUAUUUUAAUCACAACUCCAGAUAUAUUUUUAAACAGUUAUAAAAAUAAUAAUAAAAUAUCCAAUAAAAUAAUACCAUCGAUUAUAAUAUUUGAUGAGAUAGAUAUGUUGUUUCAAAACAAUGCUUAUAGAAAUACAAUGAUGAAUAUAUUCCAGAUUAUUAAAAAAAGACCAGAAAUAUAUAACCCACAUAUUGAUAUAAGUAAUCAUAACAUAGAUAUUAUAAAUGAAUCCAUAGAUAAUGCUCUAAUUGAUAAAAAAGGUAAUGUUAAUGAAUAUGAAGAGUAUAUGUCAAAAAAUAUAGAUACACAUAAUAAUAAUAGUAAUGAUGAUACUUGUUAUGAUAAUUAUAAUAAUAAAUAUGUAAGAAAUGUAAAGAAUGACACAUGUGAUGUCGAUUUAAGUAAUAACAUUACAAAUACAUGUGAUAAUAUAAAUACUUUUUAUAAAAACAAAAACUAUAAUAAAAGAGACAAAAAAGAUAAAAAAGAGGACGCAGCAUUACCACUUAUACAACUAAUAUAUGUAUCUUCCACCUUACCUUCUGUUGGACCAACCACCGCGGGGAGUAUGUUAACAGAACGUUUUAAUAAUAUCAUCGAAAUUGUAAGUAAAGAUAAUUAUAAAAUACCCAAUAAUAUUCAAACACAGUGGAUAGAAUUAAAUAAAGAAAAAAUGAUAAACUUGUAUUUAUAUGAUGAUAGAGAAGUUGAAGAUAAUUUAAAAGAUGAUGAAGAAGGAAAAGAAAAAAAUGAAAAUAAAAAUAAUUCUGUAGAUUUAAAAGAUGUUUCUUUAUCUAACAAAAUUAAUAAAUUUGAGAAAUCGUCUUUUGAGCAUCGAUUGGAUAUAUUAAUAUAUAUUCUUAAAAAAUAUCACGAGAGAACUAUAAUGUAUGAUAUGAAAAGUUAUAAUGAUAAGUGUGAUAAGUAUGAUGAUAAUAACCAAUGUGGUGACAAAACAUCUAGUAUUAAAUAUUUUAAUAAAAAAAAAUUUAAAUUGAUUCACAAAUAUCCAAUACACAAAACCAUAAUUUUUGUAAAUAGUAUAAAAGAUUGUAUUAAAAUAUAUAAUUUUUUAAAAAAACAUAAUUGGCCUGUUUUUUCUUUUCAUAAAAAUUUAUCUUUAAAUUCAAGAAUACAAAAUUUACAUUCAUUUUCUUAUACACAUACAGCAAUAUUAAUAACAACCGAUUUGAUAAGUAGAGGUAUCAAUAUAAAAGGUGUAGAUCAUAUAAUUAAUUUUCAUUUCCCUUUAGAUGUAAUUACAUAUAUUCAUAGAUUAGAAAAAAUAAACAGUUUAAAUAAUAAUACCAUAGAAAAUUAUCAUAAUAAAAAUAUAAGUACAUCUACAUUAGAUAUGAAAAAAAGAAAUGACGAAAAAAAACAAGCUGAAAAACAAAUAUAUUUAGUAACGAAUUUCAUUUCUACUUCAAAUUAUCUUUUGGCUGAUUCCAUAAGAAAUUAUGAAUAUUCAAAUACAAGUUUGUUAUCAUUAUUUUCUAGAAAAAAAUCUUUUAAGAUGAAAAAUAAAAGGAAGAUGAAUGAAAAUACAUCUAAUAGAUACAUAAAUAUGGAAAAAUUAAAAGAAAUUGAACUUGAUAUAAAUGAUAAGAAGCUCAUUAGUUUGUUUGAUGUAGAAGACGAAAGGGAUAAGGUGGAAAAUAAUUCGUUAUCAGAUAGGAGUAAUAAAAAUAAUUCUUAUGUGAAGGCUCCUUUUACUGUAUUUACAUUAGAAGAUGAUACUGAUGAUGAGGAUGAAAAUGUAAGUGAAUAUAAAAAUGAUAAAUAUAAUGAUGAUAUUAGAUCGAAUGGGUUAUAUGACAAGUACAAUAUAUGGGAUAAAAAAGAAAAAAAUAAAAGUAAUAAUGAUAUUAUUAAUAAUAAUAGUAAUAAUAUUUAUAUAGAUUCUACAAAUAAUUAUCCAAGUGAUAAUUUAAUUCAUUUUAAGGAAACAAAAAAAGAAAGCAUUCAAAGAAAUUACAAUAUUCCAAAGAAGAAUAAUUUGAAUAUUCCAUCAUGGAAUGAUGUUCAAUUUGAUCACAAAAAAUAUAUUAUAGAAAGGUUUAAACAGAAAGAAUGUUAUUUAAUGAAUCAGGUAAAAAGAGGAAAACUCAUAUUAAAUAAUUUUGAAUCUAAUAAUGAUGAGGAUGAGCUUUUAUUUUGA